GCACUGGAGAGACAUGAAACUUACUUGAGCAUUUCUGCAAAACUCAUAGCCUCGUCAAUGCCUGGGAUAGAAUUUGUUAAAUCUGACAUAAAUCCAUCAGUAUCUGAACCACCACUCUCAUCAUUUUCCACGUUGGGAUCAACUUCCUACAUAAUGCAGUUUUUCAUCAAUCACACCAAACCAAACAAUCAAAAUCCAACAGUAACACGAGAGACGAUGAAUAAACAAACUAAUAACUUCGAUUUCCUCACCAUAGCGUACAAAUUUGAAAAUCCGGUGACAAGGGUGGGGCUUUUCGUGAACCUCUGCUGGAAUGCGUCGCUAAGGUUAUGGGCGGGGUCGGUGGAGAUUAUGAGCACGGAGGAUCUCACCCUCGCGAGCAAGAUGGCCAGAAUCGAGCUGCACGUCGUCUUUCCAACGCCGCCUUUGCCGCCGACGAACACCCACUUGAGCGUCUCCUGCUCCAUAAUGUUCUGCACCGUCCCCUCGGGCGGUUCUUCGACGGGAUCCAUCGAUCCCAAAUGCCGUCAACCAGAGGCGGAUUGUGUGAUUACCGCCGGUACUUCGCAAAAGAAGAAAUUGUAUGUUGAAUGCGCGGAUUAUCUUAUGAUUUUUUUCCCGGUUGGAAUUUUGACGAGUGGGCUUUUGCUGUCGUUGUCCUUGGUCACUUGCUUGGUGGAUAGGCUAACGACACUUGCUGGCACGCGAACAUGGUCGUUGGGCAGACGAGUUGACGGGCACUCGUUGGCGUACGAAGUUGCUCGUUGGGCAGAUGGUCACCCGCGCGGUCUCGCGUACGAUGCCUAG